UUCCUCCAAUUCAGCCAUUAAUCUCUCCAUACCUUUUCUCUUCCCAAAAACAAAGGAAUUCCUACACAUCUCUCUCACAAUUCAUCUCUCAAAUCUUUUGACCAAAAAAAACUUUUUCUUGUUUUUUUUGGCUCCUGUAACUCCUUUUGGUUCUGGAGCUACCUUCUUCUCCUCUCCAUUUCCCUUUAAAAAAUUCUCCAUUUUUUGUUCUUGGGUUUUUCCUAUUUAAUUAUGUAUCAUUAGUGGUAACAUUUUCUUGAAAUAUUAGAUGAAAUGGGAAAAAUUAGGAUAUGGUUGCCAUGUUAUUAUUUGUUUAUGAUUCUUGGAUUGAGUUUCUUUCCAUGUUUUUUGUGUGCAAAUAGUAAUAAAUCUCCUCCUUCUAAUCCUAUUGCCACUGGUGUCCCUAUUCUUGCAUCUUUCAUUUAUAACCAACUUGCAAAUCUAACCAAAGUAUACCAUGAUGAUAUUACCACUGCUUUGGGAUUUUGCAUUAAGGAUGUGGAUGCUGAGUUGAAAGAGGCAUUUAAUUUUGCUAAAAAUUUGGACUUCUUAAACAAUUGCUUUAAAGAGACCAACGACGUGACACAGAGACUGUGUAAUGCUGCGGAGAUGAAGUUCUACUUCUCCAGUUUUCUGGUUACAAAAUCAACCACAAAAACUCAAGUCUUAAAACCCAAUAGGAAUUGUAACUUGACAUCUUGGUUUCCAGGAUGUGAACCGGGCUGGGCUUGCAGUGUUCCUGCAAAUAAAGUUGACCUUAAGAAUGCAAAAGAUAUGCCUGAUCGGACUCGUGACAGUCAACCUUGUUGUGAGGGAUUUUUCUGCCCCCGAGGCUUGACUUGCAUGAUACCUUGUCCAUUAGGUGCUUACUGCCCUCGUGCUACACUCAACAAAACAAAUGGUGUAUGUGAUCCAUAUGCAUACCAACAACCUCCGGGCAAGGUAAAUCACUCGUGUGGAGCAGCUGAUACGUGGGGUAGUGAAACAAGUGGUGGGGAGUUAUUCUGUUCACCGGGAUCUUACUGUCCGACUACAACCAAAAAGGUUACUUGUUCGGAAGGAAAUUACUGCAGGAAGGGGUCUACAGCGCAGAAAGCAUGCAUCAAAUUGAGUACUUGCCGUGCGCAUUCAGAGAAACAAAACCUGCAUGUAUAUGGUUUUAUCCUUAUUGGUGGUUUGAGUUUUAUACUGAUCAUCUUUUAUAAUUGCUCUGAUCAAGUCAUAAAUACCAAGUAUGCAAGAAUCGCCAAGUCCAGAGAAGCUGCAGCAAGACAUGCACGAGAAACUGCACAAGCAAGAGAAAGGUGGGGAUUAGUAAAAGAUGUUGCUAAGAAACGUGCUUUCGGAUUGCAACAGCAGUUAUCUCGCACUUUCUCAAAGAAAACGAGUGUGAAGCAAGGACCAAGAGGAGGUUUCAACCUACCUAAAACUAACGAUGAAGCAUCCGUACCACCUAAAGGUCCAAGCAGCUCAAGUGCGGCUUCAAAAGCAAAUAAAAAGGGACCUAGUGAUCUCACAAAAAUGAUGCAUUCAAUUGAAAAUGAAACAGACAAUAUCGAGGGGUUCCAUAUGCAGAUUGGAGAUAAGAACAUAAAGAAGCAAGCACUAAAUGCUAAACAACUGCAUACUAGGAGUCAAAUUUUUAAAUAUGCAUAUGGUCAACUUGAGAAAGAGAAAGCAAUGGAGCAAAAAACUAAGAAUAUGACAUUCUCAGGAGUUAUCUCAAUGGCGACAGAUGAUAAUACGGAGAUCAAGACUAGGCCUCCAAUUGAGAUUGUUUUCAAAGACCUGACAAUUACUCUUAAAAAGAAGCACAAACAUUUGAUGAGGUCUGUUACUGGAAAACUGAUGCCCGGGAGGAUUUCUGCUGUCAUGGGUCCGUCCGGGGCGGGGAAAACUACAUUUCUUUCUGCGGUGGCUGGGAAGCUAACGCAAUGCACGUUAUCCGGGAUGGUUCUCAUAAAUGGAAGGGCUGAUUCUAUUCACUUGUACAAGAAAAUUAUAGGUUUUGUUGCCCAAGAUGAUAUAGUCCAUGGAAACCUCACUGUCGAAGAGAACCUUCGGUUUAAUGCAAGAUGCAGACUAGCAGCAGACUUGCCAAAGGCUGAUAAGGUUCUUGUAGUUGAGAGAGUUAUUGAAUCAUUGGGUCUUCAGGCAGUUAGAGAUUCGCUGGUUGGAACGGUUGAGAAGCGUGGGAUUUCUGGCGGCCAGAGGAAAAGAGUAAAUGUGGGGAUGGAAAUGGUCAUGGAACCUUCACUGCUAAUCUUGGAUGAACCUACAUCCGGUUUAGACAGCUCAUCUUCUAACCUACUUCUUAAAGCCCUUAGACGUGAAGCUCUUGAAGGUGUAAAUAUUUGCAUGGUUGUUCACCAGCCAAGCUAUACCUUGUAUAAGAUGUUCGAUGACUUGGUACUUCUAGCGAAAGGUGGUCUUGUUGCGUAUCACGGCCCAGUGAAGAAAGUAGAAGAAUACUUUGCAAACCUUGGAAUCACGGUACCCGAUCGUGUAAAUCCUCCUGACCAUUUCAUUGACAUUCUUGAGGGUAUGGUCAAACCAGGUGGAGGUGUGACUGUGGAACAAUUUCCUGUCCGAUGGAUGCUUCAUAACGGUUACACUGUACCCCCCGAUAUGAUGGAAUUAUGUGAUCAGAUUGCAAUGUCCUCCAAAGGUGUUGCAGCAGCUCCCGAACAAUCUUUUUCCGUUGAUGCAUGGCAUGAGAAGCGAGAUUCUCUGUCUCAAGGCUUGUUGAAAUCCCAUGACAUGUCUAAUAGAAUCACUCCAGGCGUAACCCGGCAGUACAGAUAUUAUCUGGGAAGGGUAGGCAAACAGCAAUUGAGAGAAGCUCAAAUACAAGCAGCAGAUUAUUUAAUUCUUUUGGUUGCUGGAGGAUGCUUAGGAAUCCUAUCCAACCAGAAGGGUGACACCUUCGGAUACUACGGCUACAUGUAUAGUGUGAUUGCUGUGUCACUCCUCUGUAAGAUUGCAGCGUUGAGAUCCUUUUCACUGGACAGGUUAGAAUACUGGAGGGAGAGAGAAAGCGGCAUGAGCAGUCUAGCUUAUUUUAUGUCCAAGGAUACAAUAGACCAUUUCAAUACUCUUAUAAAGCCUUUGGUUUUCCUAUCGAUGUUCUAUUUCUUAAAUAGUCCAAGAUCAUCCUUCGCCGACAACUACCUUGUUUUCCUCUGCCUUGUAUAUUGUGUGACCGGCAUAGCUUAUAUAUUUGCCAUCUGCUUUGCACCCGGACAGGCGCAAUUGUGGUGUGUUCUUGUUCCUGUUGUUUUGACUCUCAUUGCAAACCAGGAACCAGACGGGACUGUUGGAAAAUACAUAGCAAAGUUUUGUUACCCAAGGUGGGCUAUGGAAGCUUUUGUCGUUGCAAGUGCUGAAAGAUAUUCAGGAGUAUGGUUGAUAACUCGUUGUGCCAAGCUAUUGGAGCUAGGAUUUGAUGUACAUCAAUGGCAUUAUUCUCUAUUGUUACUGAUGCUCACUGGUGUACUUAGUCGUUUAAUAGCUUACCUUUGUUUAGUGAUUAUUAAAAAGAAAUAAACCAUUAAUUUUUUCACAUCUCUUGUUGUUACAACAAGAUUAAAAGGCAUAGGUUUAGGGCUUUUUGGCAUCAAAUGUAUAUCACAUCAAGUUUUUUGACACUAAAUGGGGAGUGCUAAAAUGGCUUCUUCGUUGCUGGAAUGAGAAGAGGGUGACUUUAUCUA